AUGGAGCUGAGCCUACAGAAAGCCGACUUCCAUCUCCUUCGAGGAUGCUGCCUCGAGGCCGAGCGCGCCGAUAUGGUGUCAGUGCAUCUUGAAGGUCUUCGCCAGGCGCUACCGGAGACCUACGGCGGCCAUCUCGCCAUGCUUGUCGAGGAGAUGCGGAGCAGUGCAAGGGUUCUCCGAGACCUGGCCGAUCUAUCCCAGAUGCAUUUCAACCGAGUGCCAAUACUACUCAACUACCUUAACAUUGUUCUUCCGUGUCUGUCCAGGACCCUCCGCGACAUCAUCAACUUUUAUGAGACCCGGACGCUGAGCAAGGAAAUGCGAUGGCGGAAGAUGUACCAUACGAUGACACAAGAAGUUGGCGGGCUGCCCUUGCCCCAACGCUUUCUGCUUUAUAACCAUUUUUUGACCAGUUUGAAGCAACUCCUCAUAAGGUCGCCACAUUUCGACCUCAACGGCUUGGAGAGCCUGCGAACACGGAUUAUUGGACUUCGAGAAGCGCGGGGUCUUCCCACUCCGUCCACACAGGUCGGUCCCGUUCUCAGACCAGAAGUGAUGAUCCUGCCGACGCUCCAAGAUCCCAAUGCGCACUGGGCUGAACAGAUCUUCUCGCUCCCGCUACCUUCUCGGACGGCACUGAAGCACAACAGGCCGUCGGAAGCUCGCGGCCAGUUUGUAGCAUGGGGCCAACUCAAUAUCCCGAAGGAGACUAAGAUGCUCUUCAGGCGACCGUUUGACGACGACCGUCUCUGUCUCAUGAUGUACCUUAAUUUGGUGAAUCAGACACCUUAUAUCCUUCUUCGGACAUUCCACCAGGGUGCACCAUGGUUCAGCCUCCGUGGAACCCACGAGCUUGUCAUCCACCGGGAACACAGUAACGCCCUGCAUCUUAAUCGGUGGAGUCAGGUGGACCGAAUGCCGAAGUUGUGGGCUGGGCUGAGCUUCAAGACUUGGGAAGAACUGGUCUUAUUCCAUUGCACGUUCGUCUCCUUGAAAACCAGGAACGCCCUUACAAUCGACAUGAACGCGAGAGAGUUCAAGCUUAAAGGCGAGGAGAGACUCUUCCAGGCCCAAAUUAUUGACGAUGGCUUCAAACACUCUUUGAUAGUCUAUCGUGACUCCGGAACCAAGGGCCUCCGCCUGCAUGCCGCCGUUUGGGAGGGCGAACUCCGCCAAUGCCCAGUCUGGACGGCCUUCGUAACCCAUCAGUCUGCGUCUCCGACCUGGCUCCAGCGCAAAUCCAAUCACCGCGUCUGGCUCAAAGACGUCCAGCUCUACGUCUUCUGCCACCGAUACCGCCAACAGAACCAAAGAAAGGGACAGGCUGGCGCAUUCGAGAUCAACUUUGUCUCCGACGAGGGGGCCAAACGGUUCCGCGAAGUCUUUGCUCCCGCACCUGAAGACACAUCUGAAGUUUCGAUGGAGGCGAUCGAGGAUGCGAAGUAG